AUGGGCGAGAAGGAGCAAAGUAUUCUGCAACGUGCACAGACUCAAGCUCUGCAAGGCAAUUUCAACGAGGCCAUCACCAACUAUGCUGAAAGUGCUGCCGAAACCGAGUUUGUUGCCGGAGAAUAUCCCGUACUGGACCACUGCGACACGAACCACUGGAUUAGGUUCCGGCUGAACCCCAACGCACGAGCUUGCUACCCAGAACCCGUUGGUGCCUGGGAGUGGAAGGACGCGUCGGGAGAUUGGCUGCCUCUACCCCCCACAGCAGCUGAAAUUGCUGAUGAGGCUCAGCGGGGCGGUAUCCCGAACACUAUUAUUGACUUGGGGGAUGAGACGUUCAUGGUCAACGUUAUUGAAGGCACGAUGGUUAGCCUGCUGACGAAGCAACAGACCGAGAUACGCAGAAUUCGUUGA